ACUCGCACAUUUACACUGUAGCAACCGUUGCUAGCCGUAAACCGUGUUUGGUCCCUAGCUGGCGCUGCCGUACUCGCUCCUCGUAACUCCGCCCCUGUUCCGUCAUUGAACGGCGAAAGGAAAACAGUGACAGCUGCCCGCUCGCGGUGUUGUUGCCGAGAUGUUUAAUGACUGGUUAAUUUUUGACUAGUUUCUCAAAAAGAAAAGGGAGGUUAAAAAAAAACACACCCUUCUCUCGCCUGCAGUGACCUGGCUUUAAUUUGCCACAUGUUCCACCGUUGCGUCAGUGAAACCAUCAUUUCCACUAUAACUGGAAUAUUGUCAUAAACUGUCCCUUGACUAGCUUUCACAAGAGCACUUGUUUAACCUCAAGAUUGCUGCCAAGGAGCUGCAGCACAACUCUAAGAAAUGUGACAAAGAGGAGAAGGCAGAAAAGGCGAAAGCAAAGAAGGCUAUCCAGAAGGGUAACACGGAGGCAGCUAGGAUCCAUGCAGAGAACGCCAUCCGUCAGAAGCACCAGUCCAUUAACUUACUGAGGACGAGUGCCCGUGUGGACGCUGUGGCCUCUAGGGUCCAGACUGCAGUCACUAUGAACCAGGUUUUCUCUGUUUUCCUUGCAAAUGAGCGGUGGUUUUACAUAAAAACAGAUGUUAUCUCUUUUCUGUGAGUAGCGCGACUCCCGUUGUGUCUUUCUGAAGUAUUCAUCAGCCCCCAUGAACGUUUCAGAUUUUGUCACAGUACAACCAUCUGGGCCAGCGGCAGUAUCCCACAACCAACGCAGAUUUUUAGUUUCUUUUUUUUUUUUUUUAACGAAGGCCGUGUUUUGCAAAACAUAGACCCAUAUGAGGCGCAUAUGAAUAUAAACAAUACUCAAGUAUUUUGAAAUUAUGAAGUUAUAGUACAUUUUUUGUGGAGCAUCUGGUGUAUUGGAGGGGGAAUGUAAAAUAAUUUAGUAGAUAGGCCAAUAUCUACUAAAAUCUACUAAACUGCCUCCAGCCUAGGGGCCCAAAUCCUUGUAAAUCCGGCCCUGACGACCAUAAUGAUUCGUUUAUUUUGUCCGGAUUUUGUGAUAGACCAACACAAAGUUCAGCAUACAUGUGAAUUCAAGGAAAACUGUAAUAAUCUGAGAAGUGAGUCAGUACUUUGGAGAACUUCCUGCUUCCUCAACCAGCUUAGCAAAAGUUUUGUAAACUGGACAUUUUUGCCCAUUCCUAUUUUUUAAACAUCUCAAACAUAGUUUGAAUGGGGAGCUUAUGUUGACAUAGAUUUUCAAGUUUUGUCUCAAAUUGUAAAUUAGAUUUAAGUCUGGGACUUGACUAGGCCAAGCAUUUACUCCAUCUCGGUGAAGUUCUGGCUGAUUAGGGACGUUAUCCUGCUGAAGGCAAAGGCAUUCUGAGCCUAUGACAUGUUUUCUUCCAGGAUCUUCCUGUGUUUACCUCCGUCUCUCUUCCCAUGAACUCUGGGCAUGUGAGGUCACUAAAUCCAUGUCAGCAGUUUUUAAAUCGAUGGACGCGACGCUGAAAAGCAUGAAUUUGGAAAAGAUCUCGGCCCUGAUGAACCAGUUCGAGAGGCACUUUGAGACGUUGGACGUGCAGACGGUGCUCAUGGAAGACACCAUGGGCAGCACGUCCAUGCUCACCACGCCUCAGAACGAAGUGGACACGCUUCUGCGAGAGAUGGCUGACGAAGCGGGGUUGGAUCUCAGCGUGGCGCUUCCUCCUGGACAGACCUCCCCCGUGGCUUCCACUGUGGCUUCAGCCGAGCAGGUAACGCAACUUUUCCCACCACAGUUCUUCCGUCCACUCAACUUUCCACGAAUACGCUUGGCUACAGCUCUAUGGAUAAUCAGCUUGACCUAUUGUGGCUUACCUUCCACAUGCAUGAAGGGGAACACGUUUAAUUAUUUCUUCUUCUACCACUUUUUAUCGGGAGUUUCGCGCUGCACAGAGUUUUUGUAGCCGACCGAAGUUUUGUUUGAAAUU